CGCGGUGCAGCCCGCGCGGGACGCCGAGUGCUGAGGAGCGGCCGCGGUUUGAGGCGCUGGCCGUAGCGGGGUCGCCGCGGGGCUGGGGCGCCGGACGCCGCGGCCGUAGGGCCGAGGGGCCGACGUGCGGGACUGCGGGCUGCUACCGGGACGCCGGCUCACUGAGGCAUGAGGCGGAGGUGUGCCAACUAGGAAUUGGACGGCUGAGCGCGUGGCAGUCAGGAUCCAAUCUCUGUCUGACUCCUAAGCCUGUGCUCGGAAGCCUUCUGGUGUCUGUGCCUCCUGAGAUCCUGCAUGGUUGUUCCCCUAAGGAAUUUUCCGUUGGGAAACAGAAACAAUGGCAAACAGUACUGCUUGGAUAUGAAUAACCCUAUGAUGACUCACAGGGUUGUUUCAGGAUGAAGAUCUAGCAGAUAUUAACGUGACGGCGUCAGGUGGAUCGACAGCCCCCCACCGCCCCAUUUGUCAGGGGCCUGAGAGUGGGGAGACAUGGAGGAGCGUAAGAACGAGGCGACGAAUCGGGCUCACAUCCUCUUUGACCGGUUCGUGCAGGCCACCACUUGCAAGGGGACACUCAAGGCCUUCCAAGAGCUCUGUGACCACCUGGAGCUGAAGCCUAAGGACCACCGCUCCUUUUACCAUAAGCUCAAGUCCAAGCUCAACUACUGGAGAGCCAAGGCCCUCUGGGCAAAGCUGGACAAGCGGGGCAGCCACAAAGACUACAAGAAGGGAAAGGCGUGCACUAACACUAAGUGUCUCAUCAUUGGAGCUGGCCCCUGCGGUCUCCGCACAGCCAUCGAUUUAUCCUUAUUGGGAGCUAAGGUGGUCGUGAUUGAGAAACGAGAUGCCUUCUCCCGCAACAAUGUCUUGCAUCUCUGGCCAUUCACCAUACACGAUCUGCGAGGCCUGGGUGCCAAGAAGUUCUACGGCAAGUUCUGUGCUGGAGCCAUCGACCACAUCAGUAUCCGUCAGCUUCAACUAAUACUUUUGAAAGUAGCAUUGAUCCUAGGCAUUGAAAUCCAUGUCAAUGUGGAAUUCCAAGGACUCGUGGAGCCUCCUGAGGAUCAAGAAAAUGAACGGAUAGGUUGGCGGGCCCUGGUGCACCCCAAAACCCAUCCUGUAUCAGAAUAUGAGUUUGAAGUGAUCAUUGGAGGGGAUGGCCGCAGGAACACCUUGGAAGGAUUUCGUCGGAAAGAAUUCCGUGGAAAACUGGCCAUUGCCAUUACAGCAAAUUUUAUUAACCGAAACACAACAGCAGAAGCCAAAGUGGAAGAGAUCAGCGGUGUGGCUUUUAUAUUCAACCAGAAAUUUUUCCAGGAACUGAGGGAAGCCACAGGGAUCGAUUUGGAGAACAUCGUCUACUACAAAGAUGACACACACUAUUUUGUUAUGACAGCCAAAAAGCAGAGUUUACUGGACAAAGGGGUGAUACUGCACGACUACGCCGACACGGAGCUCCUGCUGUCCCGGGAGAAUGUGGACCAGGAGGCCCUGCUGAGCUAUGCCCGGGAGGCGGCCGACUUCUCCACCCAGCAGCAGCUGCCCUCCCUGGACUUCGCCAUCAACCACUACGGGCAGCCCGACGUGGCCAUGUUCGACUUCACGUGCAUGUACGCCUCCGAGAAUGCGGCCCUGGUGCGGGAGCACAGUGGCCACCAGCUGCUGGUGGCCCUGGUGGGGGACAGCCUUCUGGAGCCUUUUUGGCCAAUGGGAACAGGAAUAGCCCGGGGCUUUCUAGCUGCUAUGGACUCGGCCUGGAUGGUGCGCAGUUGGUCUCUGGGAAGGAGCCCCUUGGAAGUCCUGGCAGAGAGGGAAAGCAUUUAUAGGUUGCUGCCUCAGACCACCCCCGAGAAUGUGAGCAAGAACUUCAGCCAGUACAGCAUAGACCCCGUCACCAGAUACCCCAACAUGAACGUCAACUUCCUCCGGCCAAGCCAGGUGCGCCAUCUGUACGAUACUGGAGAAACAAAAGAUAUUCAUCUGGAGAUGGAGAACCUCGUGAAUUCCCGAACUACCCCAAAAUUGGCCCGCAAUGAGUCUGUGGCUCGUUCCAGCAAACUGCUGGGUUGGUGCCAGCGGCAGACAGAUGGCUACGCUGGGGUGAACGUGACGGACCUCACCAUGUCGUGGAAGAGCGGCCUGGCCCUGUGUGCCAUCAUCCACAGAUACCGCCCUGAUCUGAUAGAUUUUGAUUCUUUGGAUGAGCAAAAUGUGGAGAAGAAUAACCAGCUGGCCUUUGAUAUUGCUGAGAAGGAGCUGGGCAUCUCUCCCAUCAUGACAGGCAGAGAGAUGGCCUCGGUGGGGGAGCCGGACAAGCUGUCCAUGGUGAUGUACCUGACCCAGUUCUACGAGAUGUUCAGGGACUCGCUCCCCUCCCGAGACGCCUUGGACCUGAAUGCUGAGGAGAGGGCCGUCCUGGUAGCCAGCACUAAAUCCCCCAUCUCCUUCCUGAGCAAGUUGGGGCAGACCAUUUCUCGGAAGCGCUCUCCCAAGGACAAAAAGGAAAAGGACUUGGACGGUGCUGGGAAGAGGAGAAAGACCAGCCAGUCGGAAGAGGAGGACGCGCCCCGGGGCUACAGAGGAGGAAGACCUACGCUGGUGAGCACCCUGAGCGACCGGAGGGUGGAUGUGGCCCUUGGCAACCAGAACAAGGUGAAGUACAUGGCCACCCAGCUACUGGCCAAGUUUGAGGAGAACGCGCCUGCGCAGUCCACAGGCGUGAGGAGACAGCCGACACAAGAGCGUGGGCUCAGCCAGCCGUCCUGCUGCCUGCCUGAGCAGGGUCGUCCUGCUCCCGCCCCCCAGUGGAAACAGCGACAGGAAAAGGAGCAUUCUCGGACCUGCCCCAAAAAAGUGAUCACACUCUCUCCUCCCCCUACUCCGCCUCCCUGUCGGGCACGUGGCGACCAGCAGACGUACAGCGAUCUUGAUGCUGACAGCCGUGGCAAGCAGAGUCCCCACCACGAGAGGCCAGAGCCUGAGCCUUCCCGUCGAUUUUUUGUCGACCAGUGGGAGCUUUCUCUAAGCCUCCGCUCCGCCAGCCGCCCUGCCUCUCCCUCCUCUGACUUCCUCCGACAGAAGUAUAUAAAGAUGUACACGGGCGGAGUGAGCUCAUUGGCUGAGCAGAUAGCCAAUCAGCUUCAAAGGAAAGAACAGCCUAAAACCCUUCUAGACAAGAAGGAACUGGGCUCCAUGAAGAAGGAGUUCCCACAGAACUUGGGAGGCAGCGAUACCUGCUACUUCUGCCGGAAGCGGGUCUACGUGAUGGAGCGGCUGAGCGCCGAGGGCAAGUUCUUCCACCGGAGUUGCUUCAAGUGCGAGUACUGUGCCACCACCCUGCGCCUCUCGGCCUACGCGUACGCCCUCGAGGACGGUAAAUUCUACUGCAAACCACACUACUGUUACCGGCUGUCCGGGCCUGUACAGAGGAAGAGACCAGCAGUGGCCCCUCUGUCUGGAAAGGAGGCCAGGGGACCCCUGCAGGACAGCCCCGCUGCAGACACCAACGGACAGCCCAGCACCAGUGCCAUCCCUGCCGAGAGAACUCCAGGCCCGAGCGUGAACGGCCUGGAGGAGCCCAGCGUCGCCAAGAGGCUGCGGGGCACCCCGGAGAGGAUUGAGCUGGAGAACUACCGCCUGUCGGCGCGGCAGGCGGAGGGGCUGGAGGAGGUGCCCGAGGAGACGCAGGCCGAGCACAACCUGAGCAGUGUGCUGGACACGGGCACGGAGGAGGACGCGGCCAGCAGCAGUUCUGAGUCCGAGAUGGAGGAGGAGGAACCGCCACUGCCCCCCUCGGACCUGGGCGGCGUUCCCUGGAAGGAGGCCGUGAGGAUCCACGCUCUUCUGAAAGGAAGGAGUGAAGAGGAGCUCGAGGCUUCCAGGAGCUUCGUGGCUGGGGAGGAGGACGAGGAGGACGCGGAGGACGCGGAGGACGAGGAGGACGAGGAGGACGAGUCUAGUGAAGGGCCCGACCUUCCCUCCGUUCGCCGUGCAGCAGUGCAGGCCUGGCUGGAGUCGGUCUCCGGAGUCCCGUUUGACGAGGAUGACCUGGAGGAAGACGUGGACUCGGAGCCAGCAGAGAUAGAAGGCGAGGCAGCGGAGAACGGGGACACGGGGGACACUGGCGCAGAGCUGGGUGAUGGUCAGCACUGGUCGGACGACGUGCCAUCAGAGACCGACACGGAGCUGCAGCAGGUGGCGGCGGGAGUGGGACUGGAGCUGCGGGUGUCUGAAGGCGAGGAGGAACCACCACCGGCCUCGGCCUCGGCAAGGCGCCCAGAGAGAGGUCGCUCCCAAGUCUCCAGCCCCAGCCGGUCCCCUGAGGAGCACUCGGUCCUGUCCUCCCCAGCCCACAGCCCCAGGGCACAGGGCGCCCGAGCCCCGCUCGCCUCUGUAGCUGCCACGAGGGGACUGCCCGCGGAGAGCCCUGUGCCAGAGCCAGAGCCAGAGCUCCCCCAUGGGGAGCCCACAGCCGGCACUCCCGUCCGAUCGCAGCCCGAAGCCAGGACGCCGCCCUCGCCUGCAAGCCCACAGCGCCGGUCCCCGCUGGCCCCCCUCCCCAUCUGCUCCCAGCCUCAGCCGUCCACCGAGGCCACCGUGCCGUCCCCCACCAUGUCCCCCAUCUGCUUCCAGCCUGUGCCGGCCAGGACCUCCACCCCCCUGGCCCCCCUCCCCGUGAAGAGCCAAGGGGUCACCAAGGACACACUGGGCAGCCCCCUCCCUGGGGACGAGGCCCUGAAACGCAGCGACCUGGUGGCAGAGUUCUGGAUGAAGAGCGCAGAGAUACGCCGCAGCCUGGGGCUCACGCCCGUGCGACGGGGCCCUGGACUCGAGCCUGGAUUCCAGCCCGCGCCCCUGCAGGCCUGUCCAGCUGAGAAGCUCCCCCAGGGCGAGGGACCCUGGCUUCUGAAACCCACACCUGUUCCUGGGAGGCUGGGGCCGCCCGCCGCUGGGGGGACCCAGCCCUCCCCGCCCACCCCAGGGUCCCCACCUGGCAGGGAGCCGAAGGGCGCCCGGGCGGAGCACAGAGACCUGUCCAGCAGCUCAGGGCUGGGCCUGCAGGGCAGCUCCUCCCGCACCAGGACGCCCGGCAGCCAGAGCUUCAGCACCUCCGACUCCACCAUGCUCACGCCCCCCUCUAGCCCUCCUCCCCCGCCUCCCGACGAGGAGCCCGCCACCCUUCACGGGAAGCCGGCCCUGGCAGGGCAGCUCGCAGCCUCGGAGCCCCGAGCACCGGCCGCGUGUGCGCGGAACCUGCGGGAGCCCGCCCGGCCGCCCCUGGAGGAGGCACCGAAGCCAUUUGUGGAGAGCGUGGACGAGAUCCCCUUCGCGGACGAUGUGGAGGACACGUAUGAUGACCGCACGGAGGACUCGAGUCUGCAGGAGCCCUUCUUCACGCCCCCCUCCCGCUGGCCCUGCCCCGAGCGGCCCCUGGCCCAGGAGAGCGGCCGGGGGCCCGAGAGUGGGGUCCCGCCGCAGAAGCGGGGGCUGCCGCUGGUCUCCGCCGAAGCCAAGGAGCUGGCGGCUGAGCGCAUGCGCGCCCGGGAGAAGUCGGUGCGGAGCCCGGCGCUGAGGGACGCCAUGGCCCGGCAGCUGAGCAGGAUGAAGGAGAUGGACACCGUGGCCACCGCCCCCAGGGCCCCCAGGACCCCGGCGCCCCGCAGAGCCACCGCCGUGCCCCCCAAGGGCCCCGAGGAGCCCACCCCAAUGCACAAGGCCACGAGUGAGGAGGUCCCGUCCCCUCCCUCGGACUCAGGGGGCCUGGACGGCUCGGUCACCUCGUCCGAGGGCUCCAGCGGGAAGAGCAAGAAGAGAUCGUCCCUCUUCUCUCCCCGAAGAAACAAGAAAGAGAAGAAGCCCAAGGGUGACGGCCGGCCCCCGGAGAGGCCCAGCCCCAGCGCCCUGGAGGAAGCAGCAGCCAAGCCCAGGUCCCUGUGGAAGUCCGUCUUCUCCGGGUACAGGAAGGACAAGAAGAAGAAGGGCGAUGGCAGGUCCCGCCCCAGCACCCCUUCCAGCGGGACCGCCGUGGACGCCGGCAAGCCAGGGGCGUCUCCUGUCACGAGAGCAGAACUGCGGCCCCGGCACCAGCUGAGCUGCUCGGAGGACUCGGACAUCUCCAGCGACGAUGUCCUGGAGCGGACCUCCCAGAAGUCCAGGAGAGAGCCGAGGACUUACACGGAGGAGGAGCUGAACACCAAGCUGACCCGGCGCGUGCAGAAAGCAGCUCGGAGGCAGGCCAAGCAGGAGGAGCUGAAGCGGCUGCACCGCGCCCAGAUCAUCCAGCGUCAGCUGGAGCAGGUGGAGGAGAAGCAGCGCCAGCUGGAGGAGAGGGGCGUUGCCGUGGAGAAGGCGCUGCGAGGGGAAGCAGACUAUUGGGGAGAGUCUUAUUACACUGACCUCAUCGACUUGCGUCUGGGUGGACCCAUUAAAGGACAGAGGCAGCGUCCUGCCUGCCCAGCCACCAGUCUUGCUGCACUAGACCAAGGCAUGGGGAAGAAGGACGACCCCGGGCUGAUGCAGGAGUGGUUCCGGCUGGUGCAGGAGAAGAACGCCGUGGUGCGCUACGAGUCGGAGCUCAUGAUCUUCGCCCGGGAGCUGGAGCUGGAGGACCGGCAGAGCCGGCUGCAGCAGGAGCUCCGCGAGCGGAUGGCCAUGGAAGAUCACCUGAAGACGGAGGAGGAGCUGUCGGAGGAGAAGAGGAUCCUGAACGAGAUGCUGGAGGUGGUGGAGCAGAGAGAUGCCCUGGUGGCCCUGCUGGAGGAGCAGCGGCUCCGGGAGAAGGAGGAGGACAAGGACCUGGAGGCAGCCAUGCUGUCCAAGGGCUUCAGCCUGAACUGGUCCUGAGCGCCGCCCGGCCCUGGCUGGUCUGUGCAUCCGUCUGACCCGGGCUGGCUGCUCCCAGACCACCCAGAUCCGAGGUCUAAGUGGGCCUGGCGCCUCCUGGGAGUUUGCACUCAGACCUCCUCGUGGCUCUGAGAAUCAGUCAAGCGCCAAGCUGUGGGAGCCCCAGUGAAGACGGCGGUCCAGUAGCUCAGCCUCCUCGAAGAGGCCUCCCUGCCCUCCUGCUGCGGAGAUGGAGGAACGUGGAUCCUGGGGGGACGCCUGGUCGGAGGGACACAGCUCCUCCCCUAUCCCCAGGCCCAGGGGGCCAGCGCAGACUUCAUCUUGGGCUGAGGAGGCCUGCCCCACGGGCCCAGUGCCACACUCCAGGCCUCUCCUGGCUGUGGCCUGAGGCCUGAGGCUGCUGCAUUUGCUUUUAAUUCACAACACUGGAAGAUACUGAUUUCAGGGUCGGGCGGAGACCCUCUUCUGGCCCCGCCACAGGCCGGCCUCCUUGUCACGGGCUCCUCGUGGCGGGCGGGAGGCCGUCCCCCUCGCCUCGUUCCUGGGUUUGCCCCGAACGAAGCUGACAGCCUGGGAGACGUGGCCUCUUUGUCAAUUAACUUAUUUUUUUAAUACUUGAAAAGAAGCAACUUCACUUUUAUAUCUUUACCAGGACACUGAUUGCCUGGCACCUGGGUAGGGGUGUGGAGGUGGGUCCCAGCUGACCACGCUGUCACUCCAUUCAUUACUCUUUCAUCGUGGGGCUGACCUGAGCCCUCAGGUCAGCAAGACCCCCGUGUGGGCCCUGGCGUGCAGCGCCCGUCCUCCUGUGCCCGGCCCUGGGCGUCCGUGUCUACACCGCUUGCUUGUCAAGGAUGCGUUUGAGCUGCUGGAGGCCACGCCAUGAGGCACAGAUGCCUCUUGGCCUCCCUGUUGGAAUCCUAGCUCUGCAGAACCCAUUUUUACUCCGUUUUGGUGCCGAGAUCUCACCUCCCACAGCACGUUUAUUAAAGAAAGUUUUAGGCCGGCUGCACCAGCGUGUGGGACCCUGCUCAGCGAGGUCCAGACCCAGCCAGCUGGAGCUGCAGUGACGGCACACUGGGGGACUCCAGUUGGGGUCACACACACACACACACACACACAAGCUCCGGCCCAGCUCCAGCCCAGCGCCUCUUCGUGGGGAGGCACUGGACGGGAAGCACUGUGGAGCCAGCUCGUGCCGUGGCUCAGCCAGAGGCCGGCAGUGUCCAGCCUGCAGAGCCACUGUUAGACUCUGCAGGGGCCGUGCUCAUCCACAGAGGAGUGAGGGCAGCGCCAGGCGAGUCCCGGAGGCCCUCCAGCCGACUCCUGGUGGAGCGGGACCACGUGCAGGGAGGAGAGGCCUCAGAGCAGGACAAGCCCACGCCGACCUUGGGACGUCCUUGGGGAACCACAUCGUGCCUCAACUUGAACAGAGUCAUUCUCACUGCAAAGGAGCAGAGAACUGUCUUCUUAUUCGGUCUGUCCCAAAGCUGCCGUCGAAUCCAGGGCACGCGCUGCUCCAGCCCUCGCGGCUCUGACCUUCACCUCUUGCUUGAUGAGGUAGAGCCUCCAUUUCUAUUCUCCUUUCUUAAAAGGGGGAGCGGAGGGUGUUCUAGAUCCCAUCCUUAAAUCCCAGCCUUCCAAUAAAAUUGGGCUUGGGACGGGAUUCAUCGCCUGUGUGGCCUUUGCCUACCCUUCCCACCCCCCAGCCUGGUGCACGGCAACUGCCAGGCCCGUCCCUCGAGCUUCUGCCCACCCAGGACGAGGACAAGUUUACAGAGUGGCCAGGAGGGACACGACACGUGCCCCUGCGGAAGCACACUGCGCCUGCAGGAGCGAGGACGGCCUGGAGGCUGCAGAGAAGCUCGGAAGUGCUCCCCCACUCCCUCCCGCAGGGCUGCGCCUUCAGGUUCUAGUGGAGCACUUCUUCUGAACGCUCCCGUGUUGUAACCACUAGUUUGCAGGUUGUUGUAGUGCCCUGCUGACGGACUGCGUGCAGUGUUUCCCAACUCUGGAAAUGCACUCAGCUCCUGUCAAGUCCCCUUGAAGGCUGGGCAGCAGGAAAUCUCUCUCUCUGAAAUGCCACGGCGUGAGCAAGCCCAAGCCCAAGGCCCGUGCAGGGACAACCGGCUUCAGCUCCAGCAGAGGCAAGGCGGCGGCGCACCUCGCCUCAGUCUGAGGUCACCAGCGGCUCCACCUGGGGGUCCAGUCCUGCUCAGAUGGUGUCUUCUGGCCUUUGCCCCGGGAGCUGUCCUCCAGCUGCUCUGACCAGCAAUGAUAGACUAUCCUCUAUCUUUUCAAAGAGCAGAAUUUUUUCAGUGGGGCAGAAAGUGGAGAGAGUUUAAAGAAAACAAUUUUAAAGGUGGUAACAACUGAUCUACAAAGGGGAAUGGGCCAUUUUAUGCGCAAUAAAAGUUUGUAAAACAA